ACGACCCGGACCAUCCAGCAGCUUUUGAGAAAACGGUCAACAAGGAAAAUCCCCCCAUCAACAAACACACACAACCACACACGCUAACGAGAAAAUCAAAUGGUCUUCAACAAUCUCGUCUAUCCUGCUCGUAAACAUGCGGCCAAAGUGUUCGAGAAACUAAUCCUUCAGAACCCGAGUUAUCACCGGAACAAUCUCCCGGUCAUUUAUCUGGAGGGAUCAGGAAUUCAAUGUAGAGACGAUAGCGACCGGGAGUUACCGUUUCAUCAAGAGGCUAAUUUUAUGUAUCUCACUGGUGCACACAAUAUACCAGAUGCAUCCGUAUUAAUCUCCAUCAGCAAAUCCGAAGCAGGAGAAUCGUCAAGUCAGGAGACUCAACAGAAGACAAUCGACGAGAACGAGAUCUCGACGGUACUAUUCAUACCCAGCGUCGAUCCACUACACGUGAUGUGGUCAGGCCUACCAGAAACAACUCAGCAAGUCCACGCCCGGUUGGCGGACUUAACGGGGGUGAAAUACAAGACGGAGCUUCCGGGCCAUCUGAGUACAGUCCAGAAGAGCCAGGCCGGCAGGGUGAUCACCUUGCCGACGAUCGCACACGAACUAGCCAGUCCGGAUCCUAAACUAUUAGAGGCGAUUCGCGAAGCCAGAGUGAUCAAGACCGAGCAGGAGAUCGAACUGAUUGCACAUGCUAACCAGAUCUCAUCAUCUGCUCACACCGCUGUCAUGGCUCUCAUCCACCAUCAAGCCCUCGAGGCCGAGUCUGAUGCCGAGAUCCUAUUCCGAAGCGAAUGUCAUCGUCGGGGAUCCAAGACCCAAGCAUACGAGCCAAUCUUCGGUUACGGCGUCCAUGCAGGAACCUUACAUUACACUGCCAACGACGCGAAGAUCCCCUCGGAUUUUGCAGGCGUCUUGUUGGUUGAUGCCGGCUGCGAAACAUACGGAUACGCAUCCGAUAUCACGCGCACUUUGCCGGUCGGGAAUCGGGGAAAAUUUACUCCCGAGGCUAAGGAUAUCUACCUGAUCGUCCUGGAUAUGCAAGAGGCGGCUCUCAAGACGAUUAAAGCAGGCAUCGAAUGGCAAGAGAUCCAAGUCUUGAUGCAUAAAGUAGCAGCCAAAGGCCUGCUGAAACUGGGGAUCUUACGAAACCUGACGGUUGAUGAAUGCUACGAAAACGGACAUGUGAUCCCAUUCUUCCCCCACGGAGUGGGGCAUUUUCUUGGAUUGGAUACUCACGAUGUUGGCGGGUUCCCUCACGGAAAAGGCACGCAUCCGACCCUCAAAUAUCUCAGAUUGCAGAGACGAUUGGAGGUGGGAAACGUGGUGACCGUCGAACCCGGCCUGUAUUUCAAUCAAUUCUUGUUGGAUCCCGUCAAAGGAUCUGAACACAUUAACCAUGAAGUCUUACUCAAGUACUUGAAAGUAGGCGGGAUUCGAAUCGAAGAUAAUGUUGUGGUUACAGAAACGGGAUGUAAGAAUUUAACGCAAGUAGUCAAGACGAUCGAAGAGAUCGAGAAACUCACUAGCUAUUAAGGCUUCCUAGAUCACUCGAUCAUCCAACAAACCUCCCUUGCAUUGUAAUAACACUAUUUUUUUUUCCAAGUCACACAAUUUAACAUUGCUCAAAUUAUAACAGAAGUGUUUUUUUUUGUUUCGUAUGGUGUUUGUUAUUGGGUACGUCUUUGAUUCAGAAUCUUCAGUUCACUCUGCAUUGCAUAAAUCACUCAAAAACUUAUGACUUAUUGACAUAGUCAAGGAAAUCAUGAUGUUUUU